AUGGCGCUCAUCCAACGAGACGCGCAGACACAGCGGUGGAAAGUGCCUCGUGGGACAAUGUUGACUGCCGCCCGAAAAGAACGAAUCGACAAUUACAGUCCGACAAACAAUCCGCAGCCAACGGAAAAGAUACCCACCGAAUGCCACAACGUCGGAGUUGACGAUCAACGCAUUUCGCAUCGCGAUCGGGUCAAACCAGUCGGAAUGGCACGCGGAAGAAGAGGUAACGCACGUGCCAAGUGCGGAUCAAGACCAACAAGGAAUGGCCCACAGAAAGAGGCAUGA